AGAGGCGCCCGUGCCGAGCAGCAGCAUCAUGAAGCCCAGACCUGCGGUUUUCGUAGACAGGAAACUGAAGCAGCGGGUCAUUCAGUACCUCAGUAGUAACAGAUGUGGCAAAUAUGUGGACACUGGAGUCUUAGCAUCCGACUUGCAAAGAAUGUACAGUGUAGAUUAUGGUCGAAGAAAAAGAAAUGCUUUCAGGAUUCAGGUAGAAAAAGUAUUUAGCAUAAUUAGUAGUGAGAAAGAACUUAAGGAUCUUAAAGAACUAGAAGAUGGACAUCUGGCAAAAAGAGCAAGACAAGAUGAAGAGGAUGAGUACACGGAAAGCUAUUCUGAUGAUGAUUCAGACAUGGAAGAUUACCCAGAUCCACGGGAAACUCAGAUUCUGUUUCAACCACUCCGAAGUUGGAACAGAAAGAAGCUACCACUUCGACACCAUUGCUGACAUCUAAAACGGACUCCAUGCCAUUGAAGACCCCUGCCCGAGAAUC